AGAGCCUGCUCCAGGCAGCGGGAGCCGCAAUGUCCCAGCCCACAGCCCUGACCCAGGCUUGGCCCUGCAGGGCUGCUGGCACCACGGUGCAGCUCAGCAGCGUGCAUGCUGGCUGUAGGUCCCGCUGCCACUGUGGCUCCUGGCCCCUGCUCAUGGGCUGUGUGCGGGGCUGCAGGGAACCCCAGCUGUAAAUGCAACGUGCUCCCCUACACCUCGGUAUGCAGCAAUAAGGGACACAAAAGCCAGGGUUUGCGGGGAGAAAAAAAAAAAAAGAUGGAUUUCCUCAUUUCAUAACUGCAUGCUGUCAUGCUCGAUUCCAAUUAAUAUUUUUUUUCUGUGGUCUAACCUAAGCUUUGCUUUUUUCCAGAAGUUUCCCAGCACUUCAAACACAUUUCUCACCACGCGGACUCCGCCGCACGCCCCGACAGCAGUCCCAUCCCAAAAAGCACUCCUCUACCAUCCCUGCUCCUGCAGGGACCCCGAGCUGCCCCACCUCCCUCACCUCCCUGCAAAGUGCUGCUAAUCAGCGCCCUCGAUGCAAGUCCAACACUUCCCGUCCCCGAGCUCCUCCAGUGCAGCCCGGUUGGACAGGCAGCCGGCAGCAGCGAGGCUCCAGCUGCAGCUCUGCGCUGCCCUCAGUGCCAGCUGAACGCAGCCAGCAGGAAAGCAGGGGGGGAGCGGGGCGGUGCGCGGCUCUCCUGCUCCACGCAUCGCCAGCACGAAGGGCUCCGACAGUUGAUUUUUUUCCUCCUCGAUCAGUGGUCUUGAACACGAUCACAGUAUGCAGCACAAUGCUUUAAAACAGCAAAGCUUCUGGAAAACCCAAACAAAAGGAACGUCACCAGGUGACGUCAGCCUAUAUACAGCCCUGCGUGGUCGCAGCGCAUAAGCAAACCCAUUCUUGUGCCGCUUCCCUGAAAAGCUUUUCAGUAAAUGCACUCAUGCUACUCUAGGAGCUUCUCUCAGCAAUAAGCCACCCAUCUGCCAUCAACAAGUUAGGACUAAAGGAACCCACAGCUGCGGAAAAAGAAAACGUGAGCUUCAAUUAAGCAGCCGAGCAGCCGCCGAGGAAGAAAACUUCUAUUAAGCAUCGACUUAAAAACUGCAGACCUGGCGGAGGAGAUCGCGCCGGCGCUUUCAAAAGGAAUAUUCUAAGAGAGCACCGUGGAUUCAAUUUUGCACUAAUAUCAAAGGACCCCAAACCAGUAAAUUAUUCACAGGCUAUCUUGCAUUAGAGCCUUUCACAGACUCACCGCGUUGAGUCUCAAACUACGACUGAAUGCAACCUCCAAUGUACUCAAAAGAAUGGGUAAGUGUGUGCCUUUCUCUAUCCCUUGUCUAAUGAAUGAUGGCUGUGUGCUAAGGCAGCGGCGAGGUGCUACAGCACGCUUUGCUGGGGUGAGCCUUGCGAGAGAAAUGUGUUCUGAUUGUGACGCUGUAAUCCUCCGUAAUGCCGAUAAAGACUCGUCCUAAGUGUAAUAUCCCGGUAUUCUGUGUGUAGUAGUGAGUUGUUUCUUGCAUUUAGAAUAAGCUUUUCGGAAAUGCAUGGAAAUGUUAUCUGCAGUGAAAUCUUCCACCGUGAUGUUCAAAGUAUACUGAUAAGGAUAUCCUAUCUUGUUGUUUUCCUAAAUUAUAUUCUGCAGGCUUACAUUUCAAGUGGCCAUUAGGGGCUCGUAUGCUGGCAGCACUAUAUGCAAUGAGCAUGGUUUUAAAAAUGCUGCCUGCCUUGGGCAUGGCUUGUCCACCAAAAUGUCGCUGUGAGAAGCUACUCUUUUACUGUGACUCUCAGGGGUUUCACUCAGUGCCAAACACCACUGAAAAGGGCUCUCUAGGUUUGUCACUGAGGCACAAUUUUAUUACUGAACUUGAAAGGGAUCAAUUUGCGAGCUUCAGUCAACUUACUUGGCUUCACUUAGAUCAUAAUCAAAUUGCAACAGUCAGAGAAGAUUCUUUUCAAGGACUGUAUAAACUUAAGGAAUUAGUCUUAAGUUCCAACAAAAUCUUUCAUUUGCCAAACACCACUUUUAGCCAGCUGCUUAACCUGCAGAAUUUGGACCUCUCUUUUAAUCAGUUGUCCUCUCUGCACCCCGAGCUGCUCUACGGCCUCCGCAAGCUGCAGACCUUGCAUCUGCGCUCCAACUCCCUGCGGACGAUCCCCGUCCGCCUGUUCUGGGACUGCCGUAGCCUGGAGUUCCUGGAUCUGAGCACAAACCGCUUGCGAAGUUUGGCUCGCAACGGCUUUGCGGGAUUAAUCAAGCUGAGGGAGCUGCACCUAGAGCACAACCAGCUGACAAAGAUUAAUUUUGCUCAUUUCCUCCGGCUGAGCAGCCUGCACACUCUCUUCUUGCAGUGGAACAAAAUUAGCAACUUGACGUGCGGGAUGGAGUGGACUUGGGGCACCUUAGAAAAGCUCGAUUUGACUGGAAACGAGAUCAAAGCCAUCGACCUAACGGUUUUUGAAACUAUGCCUAACCUUAAAACCCUCCUCCUGGAUAACAACAAGCUCAGCACGCUGGACUCCAAGAUCCUGCGCUCGCUGCCGUCGCUCAGCACCGUGGGGCUCUCGGGCAAUCUGUGGGAAUGCAGCGCCCGGAUCUGCGCGCUGGCCGCCUGGCUGGGUGCCUUCCGGGGCCGCUGGGAGCACCCCAUCCUCUGCCACGGCCCCGACCACGCCCAGGGAGAGGACAUCCUGGACGCCGUGCACGGCUUCCAGCUCUGCUGGAACGCAUCGACCGCCGCCCCGUCCGCGGCGCCGACGGACGCUCCCACCACCGAGUACACGAAAGGAAUCAGCUCCUCUCAUUUCCAUAUGGGAGACAAAGAAAUCCCCACCACGGCAGGCAUGGUCGUCACCACCGAGGAACCCUUCCCCGAGCCAAACAAUGCCAUCUUCACUCAAAGGGUAAUUACGGGGACAAUGGCUUUAUUGUUUUCUUUCUUUUUUAUCAUUUUUAUAGUGUUCAUCUCCAGGAAAUGCUGCCCUCCCACAUUAAGAAGAAUUAGGCAGUGCUCAAUGAUUCAAAACCACAGGCAGCUCCGAUCCCAAACGCGGCUACAUAUGGCAAAUAUGUCAGACCAAGGACCGUACAACGAGUACGAACCCACCCACGAAGGACCCUUCAUCAUCAUUAACGGCUACGGACAAUGCAAGUGUCAGCAGCUGCCAUAUAAAGAAUGUGAAGUAUAAUACCUAAAAUUAAACCAGAUAAGUAACCUAUUUUAAAAUUGUAGGGGACCUACAUCAGAUUCUAAUUUUUACAAAUGUUGACGUAAAGCCUAAUUUUCCAAGCUACUCAAUGGAAGCAUUGUUUAUGGAGUGGUGCAGUAUUUUUAAGUUUUUUUUUAGAAAUAAAUCCAUAAUAUUUUCAGUGUUAAAAAAAAAAAGCAAUGAUCACAUUAAACUUGCACUCCUAACGUUUAAAAGUCUAAGAAGAUGCUCACCUCAAACUAUGUAAAACGUUCCAUGUUAUGUAACUCUCCAACUGUGUGUACUGUUUGUACCCAAGUCUCCACACUCCACUUUCCCUAGUAAAACCAGCCCGGGUGGAAGCAGGGAGGAUGUCUGCACAGAGACCUGCGGAGGAACAUACACUGCAUUUGUUCCCCCGCAGCUGCGCGACGCCGAGCAUCCCAGCUGGCUCUGCUCGAUCCAGAGGCACACUCGGAGGAAGGCUUUCCUCCUCUCAUCGUUUCCACUCGAGUAAAAAGGGGAGAGGGCAGAAAAAAAGUGACAAAGGUUCAGGUGGGGAUUUAGAUGCACCGGGGACUGGCAAGUUAAUUUUUAAGGCGGUUUUCCUACCUCCAUGUUCACAGUUUGGCUUGCUUACACGUACCUUGCUCGAGCUCGCAGCAAACGCAGGCAGGAGCAGUUCACACGACCACCAAUUAACCAGGAUGGCUCUCCAGGCGCCUGCAGAGUACCUGGUGGUGCUUAAUUAGGAAGGCUGGUACGAUGAUCUAAAUAUUAAAGGCGUUCAAAUCGGACCGGAUCUCUGCUUUGCCUUGAUAAUGCUUUUCAUGCAUUCAGGCUAAUUACUCACGCCUACGAACAAACAGCACUUCCACACCUUUUCAUGUGUAAAUACCCUUAACACAAGUUUUUCUUAAUUAAAAGUAAAUAUCAACCCGGAGGUUAAGAAAGAGAGAAGGAAGGAAGAAACCUCUCUUUGUCGUCCCCCCCCUUCCCCCCUCAGGCUUCCUCUUGCUGGGAGCUAUUUUCAUGCACUAACUCCACGGUUUCUCUGGAGACAGAAUUAGCCCCUGUAAUAUAAGCUCUCACUUGUCCUCCUCUUCCAAAAUGCAAGGUAAUUACCAGCUCAAAGCUGGGUACCUUCCGAUAAGUUAGGAUAAUGAUUAGUUUAUAGAAUAGUUCACUGAAAAAUGUUUUGUUUCUUACUCGACAUGGGACAGAAUCUAAACUAGUAUGCCAUUAAAAAAAUCUUAUAUAAAUAUAUAUAUACACACACGCACCUCAUUCUUCAGGAGUAAUUUGAUUUCUUUAACCAGAGGUAUCAUAUUGCUAUUUAUACUAUAUUAUGAAAUUAUAUGUA